AUGGCUCAUUCUUCCAUUGAUGAGUUUGAGACAAAGACCGAUAUUGCACGCCUGCAUUCCUCAUGCAUUUACCCAGAGGACUUGCCACGUGUUCCCAAGGUGGGAGUACCUACCAGACAGAACCUCUUCAAGAAAAUAGCAGAAACUACCAAGGAAAUGUUCUUUCCAGAUGACCCUUUACGCCAAUUCAAAGGUCAACCUCGAUCAAAAAAGUUUAUGUUAGGCCUCCAAUAUAUUUUCCCAAUUUUAGAGUGGGGGAGAAACUACAAUUUAAUAAAGUUCAAAGGAGAUCUCAUCGCCGGACUCACCAUUGCUAGCCUCUCCAUACCACAGGGGAUUGGAUACGCAAAGCUUGCAAAUCUUUCUCCCAAAUAUGGGCUUUACUCUGGCUUUGUCCCACCAUUGGUUUAUGCCUUCCUGGGGACUUCGAGAGAUAUAGCCAUUGGACCAGUUGCUGUGGUGUCUCUCUUGAUGGGCUCCAUGCUCCGGAAUGUGAUUGAUCCCGUUAUUAAUGCCACUGAGUAUACUCGACUGGCAUUUACAGCUACUUUUUUUGCUGGAAUUACUCAAGCUGCACUUGGGUUUUUUAGAUUGGGAUUCUUGAUUGACUUCCUAUCCCAUGCCACUAUUAUUGGGUUUAUGGGUGGAGCUGCCAUUACAAUUGGUCUUCAACAGCUUAAAGGUUUUCUUGGCAUAGUAAAUUUUACAACACAGGCUGACAUUGUGUCUGUUAUGCGCUCAGUAUUUAGCGCAGCACCUCAUGGGUGGAGCUGGCAGAAUAUACUCAUUGGAGCAUCAUUCUUGAUUUUCCUUCUAAUUACCAAGUAUAUUGGAAAGAAGAAUAAGAAGCUUUUCUGGGUGUCUGCAAUUGCACCAUUUACUUCUCUAGUCUUAGCCACCUUUUUUGUGUACAUUACCCAUGCACAGCAAAAUGGUGUUCAAACCGUGAGCAACAUACAGAAAGGUAUCAAUCCAUCAUCUGCAAAUGAACUAUAUUUCACUGGGACGUACCUAGUUUCAGGUAUUAGGAUUGGCGUUGUGGCUGGUAUGAUAGCAUUAACGGAAUCAAUAGCAAUUGGAAGAACAUUUGCAUCAGUCAACGACUAUCAACUCGAUGGAAACAAAGAAAUGAUGUCAUUAGGACUGAUGAAUGUUGUUGGUUCAGUGACUUCUUGUUACGUAACGACAGGUUCUUUUUCUCGCUCAGCUGUGAACUACAUGGCAGGUUGCAAAACUGCUGCCUCCAACAUUGUGAUGGCAAUCAUCGUUUUAUUAGUUUUAGAACUGAUCACACCCGUCUUUGCGUAUACCCCAAAUGCCGUUAUUUCUGCUAUCAUUAUUUCGGCCGUAGUUAGCCUGAUCGACAUUGAAGCUGCAGUACUCAUAUGGAAGACAGAUAAAUUUGAUUUCCUUGCUUGCCUCGGAGCAUUUAUUGGCACAGUUUUUGACUCUGUUGAGAUUGGACUCUUGAUUGCAGUUUGCAUAUCUUUUAUCAAAAUACUCCUACAAGUCACAAGGCCACGGACCGCAAUACUUGGAAAUAUCCCUAGAACAACAGUCUACAGGAACAUCCAACAAUAUCCGGAGGCAACCAAGGUCCCCGGUGUACUUAUAGUGAGAGUUGAUUCUGCAAUAUACUUUUCCAAUUCCAAUUAUGUCAGGGAAAGGAUCUUGAGAUGGUUAACAGAUGAGGACGAGCAACUGAAGGCUAAAGACCUACCAAGAAUCCAGUUCUUGAUAAUUGAGAUGUCACCUAUAACCGACAUUGAUACUAGUGGCAUCCAUUCCUUGGAAGAGCUAAACAGGAGUCUCCAGAAGAGAAAUGUUCAAUUUGUCAUAGCAAAUCCUGGGCCGGAGGUGAUGGAAAAGCUUCAUGCAUCCAAGUUUACAGACUUGAUCGACAAUAAGAAUAUCUUCGUCACAGUCAAAGACGCCGUGGCAACAUGUGCUCCUAAGAUGGUAGAAGAAGCCUGAGAAGAUUGUUGCAUACAUAUUGCUGAAGCAUUUUGAAUUUUCGAGUGUUAAAAGCGAAAGCUUUGCACGUAAAUAACAUUAGAGUAGAAUUUACGAAAGCUGUGUUUACAUGUGAAAAGAGAG